CAGGCAGCUUAGAAUAGGAAGGCACGCCAAAACCCCACCAAUCCUAUGCCCCGCCAAAUGGCGAAUCUGCUCUCCUCGCGACGGCCGCCUCCAGCUCGGACGCUGGCUUUGCUUGCUUUGGACAGCCCACACAAUUAACCACCUCGCUCGUCCAAAGCAUCCAAUCCAACCUCAACCUCCUCCUCCUUGUAGUUGCAGACUUGCCCUGCCCCGCCCAGCUGCCAGGACCAGGACCAGGACUAGUAUAUAAACAUCCUAAGCACAACCCAUCACACCAAAGCGCAAGGUGUGGGUGCUACCGCUCGCCCGCAUCCCAAAUUCCAAUUGCGUCCACUCGGAGUCGGAAACAACAACCCAACCAGACACACCACACGCCACCGCUCACCAUUCUUGCGGCGCUCGGCGGCGGCUGCAAGAAUGGGCGUCGCGGAGUGGACGCGCGGGCCGGCGAUCGGCAGGGGCUCCUCGGCCACGGUGUCGAUCGCCGUCGACCGCCGCACCGGCGGGGUCCUCGCGGUCAAGUCCGUGGCCGCCGACCGGGCCGCCGAGCUGCGGCGCGAGCGGGGCAUCCUCCGCGGCCUCAGCUCGCCGCACGUCGUGCGCUGCCUGGACGCCGAGGACAGGAGCGGCGGCGGCCUCGACAUGCUCAUGGAGUACGCGCCCGGCGGUUCGCUGGCGGACGAGAUCAGGCGGUGCGGCGGCCGGUGCGCCGAGGCCCUCGUCCGGUCCCGCGCGCGCGACAUCCUGCUCGGGCUGGCGCACGUGCACGCCGCCGGCGUCGCGCACUGCGACGUCAAGGGCCGCAACGUGCUCAUCGCCUCCGACGGCCGCGCCCUGAUCGCCGACUUCGGGUGCGCGCGCCGGACGGGCGGCGGCAUUGCCGGCGAGGAGCGGCAGCGGCCGACGGGCGGCACGCCGAUGUUCAUGGCGCCCGAGGCCGCGCGGGGCGAGGAGCAGGGCCCGGCCGCGGACAUAUGGGCGGUCGGAUGCACCGUCAUCGAGAUGGCCACCGGCGCCGCCCCCUGGCAGCGGUUCGCCAGCCCCGUCGCGACGCUGCACCACGUCGCGUUCUCGGGCGAGGCGCCGGAGUUCCCCCCGUGCCUGUCGGACCAAGGCAAGGACUUCCUGGCGAGGUGCCUGCGGCAGGACCCCAGGGAGCGGUGGACGGCAGAGCAGCUGCUGGAGCACGAGUUCGUGGCCGCCGCCGGCACCGCCUCGUCGUCCAAUUCCGCGCCAGGGAUCACCGAGAAGGCCACGUUCGUGUCCCCGAAGAGCGUCCUCGAUCAGGCCCUGUGGGAGGACGACGACGACACGACGGCAGACACCAGCGAUCCCACGGACAGGGUGCGCGCGCUGGCCGCGGGCGCGCCGGCCGUGCCGGACUGGACCUGGGACGCGAGCUGGAUCACGGUCCAGGCAGGCCCCAGCGGCGGCGCCGAUGAAGAGCCAGCAAUGUCGCCGGAGGUGGGCACGGACGCCGACAGCAGCGACUCUUCCAUGGGCGGCUCCGCCGGGCGUGCGGCCGCCGCAGAGGCGGGGGCCUCGAGCAGCCACCAGGCGUCGCAUGCCAAUGGCGAUCGUUACGAUGGCACGGGCAGCUGUAACGGCGAGCGCAGCGAUGAUGGUGAUCACGUGGUUAGCGAUUGUAGCACCGUUCCAAUCACAAGCAAUGGAUUCUUUUCCGAUACCACGUCCCGUUUCGCUUGUCCCAGCCCCAGCCAAGCUGGCCGGCCCGGCCCGUUUACAGUACCGCUCCUACGACCUUUCUCCCGCUGUUGUUCUUGCUGUCAUUCGCUUCCCGCCUCGCCAGCCAUUAUUAGCAGGAGUGAGUGGUACUCGAAAUCCAACUUAACACAGCUAGCGCGAAUGCCAGCCAACGAUCCUCGCCAGUUGGCAUGGCGCACAUUGUGGAGGAGGGAAUGCGCAUCGAUCGGGCGAUUUUUUCCUUUGGUCGGUCAUGUAUCACGCGUGACUGGCGAUUGGGUUAGUGGUGGUUACGCCGCGCGCCGCGGUACGGCCGGCGAGGCUGGUUUGGUUAGUUAUGAGGCGGCGACGUCGGGUGUGAGUGGCAUCGUCGCCGGCGGGGCCCGUCGGGCGCGCGGGGAUGGUUUCGGUUUGUUCGACGUGGCCGCCGCUGGCUCGCGAGCUAGCUCCGUCGGGUGGAUGCGGUCCAUCCCUCCACCAAUUGGCAGCCCGUGA